CCUGCUUCCGUCGACGACGCGGAUGUAUACCCAUGAUGGUGAACCCAUGGGUGUCAGUGUUCGCAGCGAGAUCCUUCGUCAUUGAUUCGGCGAGGCUGGGACAAAGGUCCAUGGAGGCAUGAUCAUUGUUCACCAUCCACCAAAAUAGUCAUUGCCCCAAAUGACCGACUUUGUUCAAUUAUUAACGUUGAGACUACUCGAGUUCCAUGUGGGCGCCAUCUAUCAUGCCGCCUUUCUUUGCAUGUGUGGCUUUUCUGUGGUCGUCCUACUCAGACACCUACCUGUUCUUGUCGAGUGUAGGUGCCACGUGGAUAUCGAACCGCUAGAACUGCGGGAAGUCUUUUUCUGAUCGGACGGUAUUCGUUUUGUGUCGCAGUCUUGUCCUAUUGCCUGAAUGUGAUGCUAAAUCAAUGUAAGCAAAAAGGACUGUUGCGCUUCACCGACGGCCCACGCUAGCGAGAUCUGUUUCAAACACGGCUUCGGCGAGCCUCUAAGAGUACGUCGACUCGCAAAGAGUACCAUUACCACAUAUCUACCGUGCUCUGAUGGGUACGUCAUCUGUCGGUGAUCAGAGUGUUGAUCCGAUAAGGAGCCUGGAGGAUGUCACCAUACUUCCGCACGCAAACGUGCAAACAACGAUGACCGGGGAGGACGUCAACGUCCUAGCUCAAUCGCGAAAAUCGUAUGUGUUG